AUGUCGGGACUUCCAAAGACCUUCAAGGCGGCCGUUAUCGAGUCCAAGAGCGCGCCCCUCAAGAUUGUCGACCAGGAACUGAAACAACCAGGUCCCGGCCUCGUCCUCGUCAAAGUUCUAGCAUGCGGGGUAUGCCACUCCGAUGUAGGCAUGGCAGAAGGAGGUUUCGGAGACGUUUUCCCACGGAUCCCAGGCCAUGAGAUCAUUGGCGACGUGGUGGCAGUGGGCGAAGGCGUGAGCCGGUUCACAGGCGGAGAGCGUGUUGGAGGUGCUUGGCACGGAGGGCAUGACGGAACGUGUCGACAGUGCCAAAAGGGGUUCUUCCAAGCCUGUGAUAACGAGACCAUCAAUGGCGUGUUCCGGGAUGGUGGGUACGCCGAGUACGUGCUGCUCCGUGCCGAGUCGGCAGUCCGGGUGCCAAAGGACGUUGAUCCUGCGGAAGCAGCACCACUUCUUUGCGCCGGUGUUACCGUUUUCAACAGCAUUCGCAAGAUGCAAAUCGAGCAAGGCAAUCUCGUUGCCAUCCAGGGUCUCGGCGGCUUGGGUCAUCUUGGCGUGCAGUACGCCAGUCGCAUGGGUUACAAAGUCGUGGUCCUGAGUUCCGGGUCCACCAAGAAGGACUUUGCGAUGAAGUUGGGUGCGCAUGAGUACAUCGACUCGAGCGCAACAGACCCCGUCAAGGAGCUCAAGAAGCUUGGAGGUGCUGCUUUGAUCCUUGCGACAGCACCCAACCCCAAAAUCAUCUCGCCGCUUACGGGUGGUUUGCAGCCAGGCGGCAAGCUGUGCGUUUUGGCGCCUGUCGGAGGAUUGGAGGUCGACACGAUUGACCUUAUCGUUGGAGGCAAGUCGGUUUGUGGAUGGCCCAGUGGACAUCAGAUGGACUCGGAGGAGGCCAUUGACUUUGCAGCAACACACGGCAUUAAGUGCAUGGUUGAGAGAUUCUCACUGGACGACGCGAAGAAGGCUUCGGAACACAUGAUUUCUAAUAAGGUGCGCUUCCGGAGAAAUGAUGUUGAUGAUGUCGGUGGGAACGAUGAUGUGAAAAAUGAGAACGGAAGCAGCAGUGAGGGUGUGACUGAAAGCGAGAGGAAGUCUGGCUUAGGUAACACCCGUCGCGGUGCCGGUAUCUCCCAGGUUCCGCGUCCUCGGCUUCUGCGCGGUCAGGGCCCCUCCAUCCUUGCUCCCCGUCCCUUCCGCGUCAAGUCUAGCCUGGCGAUACCCUCGCGGGCCUUGAACCAUUCAUAUUACACCAUGGUGGGGAAAGGGGACUACAACGACGUAUUCUGGAUCACAGCCGUCUCGCUCCCGCUUCCCCCGUGGCCGAAUUCAGUGGCCCUGUCUAAAGCGAUUCUUCUUCAUCCUGGCAAUGCAAAGAGAUUUGACAGAUUUGCCGAGUUGAAGACCUUGUCCGAUCGUCAAGGGCGCAUACACCUUAACCUCGUUAUUCUUUUCCGGCUUCUGUUACGAUGUCAACAUCUGGCCCUCGAUCGCAUCCGCUUUUGGGACUUCAUACGCGAUCACUGGGGUGUGUCUAAUGCCAGCUCUCGAAUGGUCGAGGACCUCGCAGAAAUUUACUCGGAUCGUCGCCGCGUAUACCUGGAGACCCCCAAGAUCCACAAGAAGCGCCAUAACUUCCUCAGUAAUCUCAUCGACGCGUGGAAUUCCCGGGAUCCUGACCCGCCAGUCGGUGCCCAGCCGACAACCCAGGAACUUCAAGAAGAGUGGAAGUACGUUGAGGAGUCAUGGUCAGAGCUGAUGAAGCAUGACCGGAUGUCUAUCAUCGAUCCAGAUAAUCCUCCCAUGUAUGGGGCGUUCCCCAUCAAGAAGGGCACACCUUCGAGCUUUCAAAUAAGAGGCGGAAGCAUACGCAGCAUCGGCAAGGAUCUGGCUUCGCGCAUAUCAGUACCAUCGGGCCAGCGUCAACGUAGGGACUCUUCCACUAGUGCCCACUUCCAGACGAUAUCUUCUGGCAAGAGCCUCCCAAGCAUCUCAACGACAACACCGGAUAGGCAACGCAGAGCUUCUUUCGGCUACGAUAACAUCAGGCAGUCGUCUACUCAGGGUGCUUCAGAAAGCGCUAUCGAUGACCUCAUCCAAAGCCAAGGGCGGAAAAGGAAACCUAGCCCUGAUGCACCCGACUCCUUGAAAAGGCAAUGCCUCCCGGAAUCGCCGUCAUGCUCCCCGCGACUGAAGUGGCAGCUCACCCCUUGUCACGAGGAGCCCUCUAGCCAAGUAAUGAGCAGCCAAGACCAUCGACGAACACCCACUCACCAUGGGGCAGCAGGCUCGAUGCUUGAUGCAAGUCAGGAUUUGGCUGAAGAACAACACAAGACAUAUGACCCGCAUUUGGAUGACCUAGCCACCAUCGGACACCAGAAACAGUCGCAGUAUGACGAUGAGCUACUCCGACUGCUCGAGACCAGAGUUGGACAAAACGACGAGACCAUGCAGCUCUUGAAACAACAAGCAAGCCUCGUUAUGGAAUCUGAGGAGCUUUCAAGAGAUAUCCGAAAAGCACACGACCAGCUCAACCUGCUCACUGCUUCAAAGUGCCAAGAUGCCCUACAAAAGUUGGAUAUGCUCAGUAGCCAGAUAAACAGCCUUGUUGCGGAGAUUAUGACAUGUCGCAAAUCGAGCCAAAAGAUUCAACAACGGCAGCAAGACCAGCAUGGCCUUAUCGAAAGCUUCGAGGGCGAUUUGAAGACGUUGAGCCGAGAGAUGAAGGAAGUCAAACACGGUCUUCUUUCCAACACAGAGUCGUCUCAAGCUUCCGAGACAAGCAAAAAAACCGUCAGAAUAGGAUCAGAAGAUCGAAAAGGGGUAGAUACUCAGCAGAGCAUCCGGACCGAGACACGGCUAGCCGCAUUGGAAGAACAAAUGGGCGCGCGAGCUGACCCAACCCUGCCGCGUCCAGAGGGCUUUGAAGACCGCCUUGAGAGGAUAGAAAGAGCCAUCGCCGACCAAGUACCGAAUGCUGAUUACAUGCCUCGAAUUUUGAAGAUGGAGGAAGCUAUCGCUAUCAGCACAACCUUGAUCAAUAACUGCAGAACACUCGUUGAUGUUAGCAAAACCUCCUUAGAUCAGCACCUGGGCACUCUCAACAAUCGCAUCGCAAUGGUGGAGACACGCCUCACGAACCACGUUGCCGAACAGGCGGAAGCAAAGAAAGAACAGGCCAAGAGAAUGGAUCGGAUCGAGGCCGAGCUUCAACGCCAAAAGGAGACAACAUCGACACAGCAGCAGCCUCAUCCCGGCCGUCAGCCCGCAAUCGAAAGUAACGAUUUUCAGGCCCAGUUGAAUGCGCUCAAGAACUCAUUGGCUGUUCUGGCGCGAGGUCAGAGCAUGGGAAAUGCUGAUAGAACCUCGACAACACCAUUGACGCCAGUGACACCUUUAUCGCAGGUCAACCAGAGCUCUCUGAACCGCCUUCUGAGGCCAGUACAGAAUGGAGUGCCAGCUGGCCCGACGAGGCCCCAACACAAUGCCGUAUCCAUGAAGGACGAGACUUGA